UCUCUCCCCCCUCCACCACGUUCCUCCCUUGGCGCUGCCACGCUCUUUCCCUCACUCUCACUUUCAUCGCUGCAAGCCAGGAAAACACAGCUCGGACUUUGCUGUCAACAAACUCCCUAUCCUGCUUUGUGACCGUGCUCUCUCCCCACUGCAGGCACCAUUACUGUGCCUUUUUGGUACUUUGUGGAGGGCCAAGGGUACCCCAGUGCUGAUGGAGGGCAAUCUUCAACAGCAGGACUGAAGGCAGAAGCAUCAGCACUGUUUCAAGUGACACAGGCACCCACUGGCAUGUGGGAGACUCUGGCUGGGGAACUGGGGUGAGUUAGGAGCUGGAGUGAGAGGCCUUGGGGCCAUGACUCCCAUUCAUCAUGAACCUGGAAGGCCUGGAGAUGAUCGCUGUGUUGGUGGUUUUGGUCCUGUUCGUCAAAGUGCUGGAGCAGUUCGGGCUUUUUGAACCUGUCUCCUUGGAAGACAGUGUAGAGGAUGAAUUUGAACUUUCCACCGUUUGUCACCGGCCCGAGGGCCUGGACCAACUGCAGGAGCAAACCAAAUUCACCCGCAAGGAACUGCAGGUCUUGUACAGGGGCUUCAAAAAUGAGUGUCCUAGUGGCAUUGUUAAUGAAGACAGCUUCAAGCAGAUCUACUCACAGUUCUUCCCACAAGGAGAUUCCAGUACAUAUGCAACUUUUCUUUUCAACGCAUUUGACACUGACCAUGAUGGCUCUGUCAGUUUUGAGGAUUUUGUGUCUGGCUUGUCCAUUAUUCUACGUGGCACUAUAGAUGAUCGGCUUAACUGGGCGUUCAACCUCUAUGACCUGAACAAAGAUGGCUGCAUUACCAAAGAGGAAAUGUUGGACAUAAUGAAAUCCAUUUAUGACAUGAUGGGCAAAUACACAUAUCCGGCCAUGCGAGAAGAGGCACCACAGGAGCAUGUGGAAAAUUUCUUCCAGGUGAAGCUAGAAUCAGGACAUUUACCAAAAAUGGACAGGAACAAAGAUGGUGUUGUGACCAUCGAGGAAUUCAUUGAGUCCUGCCAGAAGGAUGAAAACAUCAUGAGUUCCAUGAAGCUCUUUGACAAUGUGAUCUAGCUGUCCAGUUUUGGAGCCCAAACAUUCACAAGGACCCAGGGCUUCUCUUUUUGGUCUAUUCCUGAGGCACUCUUCUUUUGCCUGUCUGGGCAAAGCAGCCCCCAGCUGUUGUCCAUGUUGGACUGGGUAACUUUAUGGAGACAAAUCCUCAUUAUUCAAGACAUAACUAAAGAGAAGACCCUACAGUCCAGGUGGGAGGCUUCAGCUGGAUUGUGCUGGGCAUGAAACAAGAAGAGUGGCUUGGCAUCUACAAGUAUUUUCCCUGUGCACUGGGGAAAAAACCUUAAGCACCACCCCCAGGAAACAGCACUCUCCUGUCACAAAGUCAUGUGCUCGCCCUCAAGGGCCUUCCAAAUCAGCAACCUGCCUGGGCCCUUACUGGGAUUCCACAUGGGUUUAACACUAUGAGAUAGCAAUGCAAACACUGAUCACCAAGGACUCAUGAAUGCUUUGGUGUAUCUGCAAUCCUACAGACUCCCUAUAAGGAGAGGACUCCAUCCAAUCUGCACCUUGACUCCCACUGCACAUGCGCUAAUGCCCUAAGGCUUACUCCAGGGGAAGACAUCUCCUGGUGUCAAGACACCUUGCAGUCCCUGCACUAAGCUCAGUUUAAUGCUUAGCAACUUUGAAGUGGAACUGCAGUAAGGAAGAAGAUGGUGGUAGGUGGGUUUCUGCCUUGUAGUUUUUCCAUCUGCAUGCUCAGCAGAGCAGGGAUGCCAAAGAGAGGCAGGUGUUGCUGAACUUCUAGGUUUCAUUCUGCAAUCAGGAAGAGAGGAAUUUGUAUUGAGCUUCCUGCUAGGGGAGCACAUAGCCCAAUAACAAAGUUGGUGGUUUUCCCUGCAAGACAUCUUUCCCUUCUAAUAUAAACUACAGUGAUGAGGGAGAUAAAUGAAAUCUCACUGGAAACAUUUAAUCCAGAAUACAACCUAAAGCUGUUUCUGUGUGGCCUCACUUUUAUUCCCAACUGGACAGGAUCUCCUUGUCCCCCCCAAAAUUUAUUAUUUAUGAAGCACCUUCAGUAACUAGACACAAUAGAGAAAACAGGUGCUAGGAGAUCAGAUCUUCCUUGGUGAGACUUGGAGAUUGGUCAAGAAUUGUGGUUGAUACUGUGCCAACUUCAUGAGGAGACACAGGCAUCAGGCUCUAGAAAACAGCAGAGUUCUGCUGUGCGGCUUGUCUGGAGUUAGGUGGAUUGACUGAAUGAAAACAUGAGUUUCACAAAGCUCUUAGACAAUGUGAUUGUAGAGCAUAGUAGGAGCAAAAGGGAGCACAUAUGAGUGACAGAUAAAGAAAGGCCAUGGGGGAAUCUCUGCCACGGCCACAUAUCUCUCAUCUUUGCUGAGAAGCCUAAUGGUUUCUGUUGGGAAGUUCCUUAUCUAUGCUGCUGCUGCUUUCCUCCUGCCAUCCUCAUGGUGAGAAACUCUUCAGCCCUUUGGGUGCCUAUCUUAAGCAGCCAGCAAUGUCAGAGUUGCAUUAAGGUCCUCCAAAAGAAUGCUAGGGAUUGCACAUAAUAUAAUAGCCACACUGUUUCAGAGGAUCACAGAAAGGCCAUCGCAAAAGCAGUCACU